GUUGAAGUUUCAACUUUCAUUUACUUUCUAUAUCAAAUUGAACCAUGGCUCCACUAAUACCUUCCGCGAAAGCGACACUGUCGUAUCCCCUCUACGCCUGUGCUUUCGACCCUCUCGAUUCCUCGCGAUUGGUAGUUGGAGGUGGUGGAGGCGCGGGAAGAAGUGGUGUGGGAAACAAGAUCACACUUUUAGACGCCUCGAAAUCCACUGAGUUGGUGGAAGCGGCCGAAAUCGACCUCAGCAAAAACGAGGACAACGUCGCGAGUCUGGCAGUGGGCCAGCGCAAAGGGAAUGCGACAUUGGUAUAUGCGGGGGUCAACUCUAGUCCCAGCGAGGUAGCGAAGGGGAAGAAUCACCAUUUUCGAGUCUUUGGGAUAGAGCCGGUGGAAGAAGGGAAAGAAGGGUCUACGGCCGACAAGCCUACCACGCACAAGAUCACUGAGAUCUCGAGAUCAACGUUAUUUGCAGGGACGGAGACGGAUUCAUACCAGAGGGUUCUGCGACUCUCGAAACCCUACCCAGAUCAACCUCAACUCGGAGCUGUGGCGACAGGGCUGGCUAAGAACUCGGAGCUUGUGCUGUUCGAUACUUCGACAAUAUCACCACCGAACUCGAGAGGAGCUUUGCAGAGCAAUAAGGAGGUCGAAGAUGUUGAUUUUAUACAAACUGGGGACUCUGAAUAUCUAGUUGCAUACUGUGACGAACACGAUGUCUACGUCAAGAAGAUAUCUUCGAAGACCGAUGAAGAUGAGCCAAAAUGCGUAUACGUUACGCCAGCUUCGAAAAGCCUGGAGAAACCAACCGUGCCGAAGUUUCGGGCGCUGAGAUGGUUAACGAAAGACUACCUACUUAUGCUCACAAAUAUUCAUAGUAAUGGAGGAGCGGUUCUACAGAUUCUACGCCUCCCACCCAGCGGCGAGGGCGAAAGCCGCCUUGUACAUUCAUAUCGGUUACCAUCGAACGUUACAAAAGCCUCUGGUCUGGCUGUCUCGAAUCUGACACCACCUAUCUCCCCUUCCACACCUCAAGGCUACACGCAAUUCGUUAUCGCGGUCGUAGGACAGGACAUUUCGAUAUCGCUGUUCACGGUUGAUUUCCAAGUCGAAGGCAAAGUAUAUAUGAUGUCCAAGAUCAAACCAUUUCGCACUCUCAAAUCGGUCCAUUCAUUUCCGAUAACAGAUAUCAACUUCUCAAAUUUCACACCCCCGGCACAUCCUGUAUCGGCGAGCACGCCACCUCAGUAUCUAAAAUUAGCAAGCGUGAGCGUGGGCAAUACUGUUAUUGUACACACAUUUCCUCUUUUCCCUGUCCCCUUGUCUGUCAAAAAAGGGCAGUCAAAAACACCAAGGUACGUCGUGGCUCAAGCCUCUGGAGCAGCCACUUUCGGGAUGGGCAUCUUCGUAUCCAUGAUAGCAGUGUGCCUGGCUGCAAUACUCUUACAGGGAGUCCUUGAAAUCAGAGGUGGCGUACGUCCAUUCCUCAACGCGACGAACUAUAUACCCGUCUCCUGGCAAGAAAGAAUUGGAAAGCCUUACACAUUCCCCGAAGGAUAUAUCGGACGCAACGCAGAGAAAUUCGAUGUGCCUCCCGAGUCUCCCGAGGAUAGCUCAGGCCUCCCAUUUACAGAAUUCAUUCAAAGUGUGAAGACUGGUGAAGGAGCAGGCGUGGUAGUUAUUCGUGAUACUCCGGAUUCCGAGACCGUCAUUCAGGUUGAUUGGCAUGAGGAGGAGGUACAUGGACCACAUGGUGGGAAAUCAUGGGAAGCACUGAGUCAUGAGGAGAAAGAAGGGUGGAAGAAGAGGCUGAAGGACGCGGGACACUGGGCUGAAGAUAUGGGGGAAGCGGUCCUGAAGGGGGUUGUAUUUGGGGAGCUGGCCGGCGCUGUAGGCCAUGCAGUCCGGGGCGGGUAGGCUGGACAUACUCGCGCGGCAUGAGAGAUGUAUUAUAUUGUUAUGUAU